AUGACCGACAUCCCGCUCCCCGCCAAGUCCAAUACGCGACAUUCUGUCCAGGAAGUCACCCCUGCACGGCCACCGUUGGCAAGCCAUUCAUCGAAUCCGCCACCCGAAACACCUCGAAAAAGUACGAGAAACGCAAUGGAGGGAGACCAACAUACCUCCUUACGUGAAGAGAUCGCAAACCUCAUGAACGCUGAAACCCUAGAGUGCGGGGUUGAGAGCUUCAUAAAGCACUACCUUCCUGCAAUCAAACUUCCAGAGGGAGUGAGCAAUGACAUGCGUGUUGCUGGGUCGAACGCUGUCCGGGAUGCGUUUCAGGACUACCUGUCGUUUCGCUCCGAAAACGACAUCUCGGAAGGUCUGGACGCGAUCGUGAAUGCGCUGCUCUUAGAGGGGGGGAAGCACGCUGAGGGGCAGAAACCGAGUCUGUCGUAUAAUUCUGAACCGUGUAAAUGGAAUACCUCCAGCAUACCGGGAGGUAAUUUCAAGAUAGAUGGUGGCUUGGUCAACGAGGAGAAAUCUCAGCGCGUAACUGACACCAUCGUUGCGAUGGAAUUCAAGAACCAGCGUGACAUUGAUCAAAAUCGCGAACAACUCUUAUCGGCGAUACUUCACAUCAUGAAUGACGAUAUCCGCCGCAUGUUUAUGUUCGGGAUCACAAUUGAGAGGGUCCGCAUGAAUCUGUGGUACUUUUCUCGGUCUCAUUCCAUCAAGAGCCAAUCGUUCGAAUUUGUUAACCAUCCCGAAAUCUUGGUUGAUGUGCUGAUUCGCUUGCUCUUUGCUGAUGAAAAAGACCUGGGCAUUGACCCAAACAUCGCUCUCAAUAGCCGCGAUCAAUAUGUCUAUACCGUAGACGGUACUCGAGGGCGAAGGCGUUUCCAGGUGGUGGCGCCUAUAUUCGAAAGCCGAGCUCUCACUACGACCUGUCGGAUGACUCGCGUGUUCCGGGUGCUAGAGCUAGAGGGCGAAACGGACGACCCGAAAGCGGACGCCAAAGCUCAAGUGCUGAAGGAUUAUUGGCUCGAGAAGGACUCCAAAACUGAGGUGGAGAUUCAGGAGCAGCUCUUCGCGGAUAUCGCCGAGUUUGCGAAGUUCAACUGGAGAGAGAGCAUUUACUUUUCUGUGUUCAACAAGAACGACAAGACGACGCAGGAAAUUAUGGGGGCCUUCGAAACGCUGCUCCAGGAUGAGGAAUACAAGAGGCUCUUUCUUGUCAUUCAGGAUCGUUCCCUUGGCGAGUGCUCAAGAGAAGCAGAACAGUCGGCCUGGCUCCCUCAGUUUGACACACUCCGCUCCACAGUCACGCCCCACGCUGCUGAGCCAUUUCCAACCACUCAGCGUUCGUCCCGACCACAGUCAGGUGCGAGGCGCGAUCUCCAAGCGCGCCCAGUAGAUGAAGCCCCUCAAGUGGUAUACAAGAACUACAUGCCUAAACAACGCUCGUUCCUCAUCUUCGACGACGAGUGUACCCGUGUCCACUGCCUUCCGACGGUCGGAGAUGUUUUCCGUGUUCUACGCGACUGUCUUACUGCCCUCCACCUCAUGUUCUGUGCCGGCUGGGUCCAUCGUGAUAUCAGCUGUAACAACGUCAUGGCCAUCCAGGACCCAGAGACUCGGCAUUGGAAUCUGAAACUUGCUGAUCUUGAGUACAGCAAGAAAUAUGACUCCGGAGCGGGCACUUCUGAUCCUAAGAUAGGCACUCCGUUUUUCAUGCCAUGCGAAAUUCUCCGUGGCAGCUACUUUGGCCUCGAUCCCGAGCCUCCGGAUCCAGUGACUUUCUCGACCAAGCUCACCAGUAGUGUUUCUGCUGUCGACGACCCUCCGGUCCGCUUCAACUUUCUGCACGACCUCGAAGCCACUUACUGGACCGGUCUAUGGAUAACAACUUGUCGAGUCAAUUGCGAAGAAUCCAGAAUCUUCGGCUUUAGAAUUUUCGACAACAAUGCAACCUUAACACUUUCGCAAGCUAGAUUAAAGGCAUUCGAGAGGCCCAUUUCUAGGAUACUCGAGAAGUGCCUUCUGCCAGAGCUUAAAGGUCUUCCACCAAACUGUUUCGAACACGCUCGACAAUGUCUUCACGGAGCCGCGGUGUAUCUGGGUCGACGCCAAGCCUGGGACAACAAGGAUGAAGGAUACAAACGAUAUUCCGCUGCCCAUGGAGCCCUUGCUGUAUCAUUCGCCUUUUUGGCGGACCCUGCGGCGUCGUGGGCUUCCGUUCCUCUACAGAGAACAGAUUCGAAGCCUCGGUCCCUAGGUGCACAGCCAGCAAUCGUAGAAGUCAGUGGUAAGGAGCAAGUCAGAGAUGCUGAUGAGUAUGAGUAUAGGGAUGAUGGCGUGGAGGAUGAAGACCCGUCCACAGCAGGCCGCCGCCGAAAACGUACCACCAAGGAUGUCAGUCAUAGAGGGCCUAAGACCUCGAAGCGCACGAAACUCAAGCAGGGGGCGCGGAGUUCUACUCCGGAACAGCCUGAAGCGUCGACUAGCACUCGACGGAACCCACGGCCGAAGCGCAGAUAA